AUGACACUCUAUUACAGUCUUGUCUUUGUGCUCCUUGUAGCAGAGAUGGCACUUUUCAUGCUUCUCAUCGUUCCUCUGCCUUUCACUAUCCGCAGAAAGAUGUUUACUUUCAUAAGCGAAAGUCGACUGGUAGCAAAAUUACAGUACGGGAUGAAGAUUACGUUUAUCUUUAUCCUGAUUCUGUUCCUUGACAGUGUGAACAGAGUAUAUCGGGUUCAAGUCGAGUUGGCAGAGGCCAACAAAAGUCAAGCUGGUAACCCUGUCCUUGGUCAUGAACGCAUGGAAGUACAAGCCCGUAAAUUCUAUUCUCAACGUAACAUGUACCUCUGUGGUUUCACACUUUUCCUCUCCUUGAUCCUCAACCGAACAUACACCAUGAUCCUCGAAGUUCUCCGCUUGGAAGAGAAGGUUAACCGUUACGAGGGUACCGGCAAGACCGGCGGAAAGGAUUCUGAAAAACUGGACCGUGCCGGAAAUGCUGGAGAAAUCGGCAAGCUUAAGAACUUGUUGGCCCAAAAGGAGAGAGAUAUUGAGACCCUCAAGGAACAAUCGGCCAGAAACAAGCAAUUCUCUGAUGACAUUCUUGAUAAGGCUCAAGCCAGUGAACCAUCUGCUGGUAGCAGAAAGGAGAAAUAA